AUGCUUUUCUCCCUCCCCCUUCUGGCGCUUCUUCCCGCCACCGUCUCCGCCCAUGGAUUCGUCCACAAGUUCUGGGUCAACGACAAGACCUUCACGGGCAAUGUCCCACAAGCACAAGCGACGCCCUCUGUCGUUCGGCAGAUCAGCCAAGUGGACCCAGUGAAGGGUGCCACCAACCCGUUCGUCAACUGCGGACCCAAUGCGCAACUGGCGAAGCAGGUCGCUGACGCAAACCCCGGUGACAAGGUUUCGUUUUUGUGGACCGGUGGAGAUCUCAGCAAGUGGCCUCACAACAUCGGCCCGAUGCUGACCUACAUGACCAACUGUGGUGAUGACUGCACGACCUUCGAUUCUUCCAAGGCCAAAUGGUUCAAGAUCGACCAAGUUGGUCGCAUCCCUGGCGACAAGGAUGGUAAUUGGUUCCAGAACCGUAUCUUCGUCCAACCUAACGUCGCCGCCAAUGUCACUCUCCCCUCCAAUCUUGCCCCCGGCAACUACCUCAUCCGCCACGAGAUCAUCGCCCUCCAUCUCGCGACCCAGAAAGGCGGGGCCGAGUUCUAUCCUUCAUGCACACAGCUUCGUGUUGGAGGCUCUGGAACGGGUGUCCCCGCCGCAAACGAGCUGGUCCAGCUUCCCGGUGCUUAUAGCGAUACCGACCCCGGCAUCCUUGUCCCCAAAGUCUUUGACGACGUGACCGCACCCUACGCUUUCCCUGGCCCGCCAGUCGCUGCAUUCGUCGGCGGUUCUUCUGGCGCAACUAAAUCCUCGUCUGCGACCAGCCCCUCCCAGACGGGCUCUUCUUCGAGCUCCAAGGGCAAAUCAUGCAAGCUUAAGCGUACAGCCACAUCUUCCCCGUCCCUGAAGAAGCGCAACAUUGCCCGCCCCCACAAAGUCAGCCGCAUAAUGCGGGAGCUGGCGGUUGGACUGCGCACUGUUAGCCAAUAG